AUGGAUGUGACCAAACCAGAGUUGCGAUGCCUCCUUGCGGGAGGUGCGGGCGGUUCAGCCCGCACACGUCGUAAGCGCAACAAUCCACAGCAUGAGUCACCACAAAGCCUGGCUACUGCUUUGACAAAUGUGAUCCAGCAGUGGCAGCCUAGCAAUCAAAAUACGCCUGAAGACCACACUUGGGGGUGGCGGAAAAGAAGGAAACAAGCAAAUAAUUCAUGGCAAGGAUACCGGGCUGACAGCUCUCCUGACACCAGCCUUGCUCGCGAAUUGCUACAGCUUCUUCAGAAACUUUGCGCAAACCAAGCAAGUGACCAGGAAGUGAUCACAGCCACCAGCAGGCUGAUUGACACCAACCAAGGACACAGCCGUGACCUUGGGAAACCAGUUGCGGUCAGGGAAGUCAGAUACAGCAAGCCCCAGAGUGGAGCGAAAGCUUCAAAUCAUGGUGCCAAUCGCUGGGGAAAACAGACCAACCCCAACCGAGGCUGCAGCCAUCAAGAUAUCACUGGUUUUGUGCCCAGCGAAUGGAAUGCCCAACCAAAGUUCCUAUCCGUGCAUGAGAUCAUUUCUCAGAUAAAAGCAGGAAUAGCCUUGCAAGCCAACAUCACCGAAGUUUACACCAAAGAACAGUGUGCGAACCUGCGCACCCUUUGGCAUAGCUAUGGGUGCAAGGGCUCUUUGACCAUGCUGCUCACCAAGGAUGCCAAAGACAUCCUGGGGGCCACGGCUACCCGUGUUCGCAUAUCCAGGGCGCAUGGCACACCGAAAAUUGAAGAAAUAGCUCUCCUGCGCUUAGGAGAUACCAACAGUGGAUUGUGGAUCUUGCCCGCAGUCAAAGUUGAUGAGGGGAAAAUCAAAACAGUCCAAAGAAGCACUGUCAGAGUCAUUGCACCUUUGGAAUUCCGAAAGCACUUCUUGGAUUCAGGCCAAGACCUACCCAGAUUGGUGGCGGCUGCCAUGGCCCAGUGGAGUGAAAAAAUAAAAGCCUCUCACCUCAUGGGUGGCAAAUGGAAUCACACGCAGGUCCAUCAACAAGACUUGCUCACAGGCUGGCUGAUUUUGCCAACAGAACAGGCUAAGGAGCUUGUUGUCAAUAGCGGUCGCCAGGGUGUUUUUGCCCAGAUCCAAGAAAACAAUACUGGACCCAGGCCCAUCCGUUGGUUUCAACGACAGAACAACGAAAAUGCCGAGACCUAUUUGCAAAGAUGUCUCAAGGAAGCUAAGCUCAGGAAAGUUGGCCUUUUUUUUCGAAAAAGCAGCACACCACACACCAUUGGCAUGGAAAAAACAGCAGCAGAAAUAGCUGAGGGCCAAGCGGCCAACUACCUCCUCCGAGGGGCUCCAAAGAUGUGGCAGACUGAAGAGAUCGAAGAUUUUCUCAAUCAACAGAAAUGGAAAGCCGUGCAACGCAUUUCCAAAGUGAGAUAUCGAAACGAAUGGCGUUUUCAUGCCCAGCCACCUUCAGCUAUGCAGGAAAAUUACCAUUACGAUUUGGCAGAAGGCUACAUGUCAUGCAUCCCAGCUCCUGUCAGACAACACCAGCCAACCUGGCAACAACCUGUCAGAAACACAUGGCGAGGAAAUGAGCUGGGGAAAAUUGGAAAUGAAGCCAACAAUCCUGGCGAUACCGGUGACGUCAUGGCAACUGCUCUGGAUCAGGACUCCAGUCAAGCUUCACAAAAAGAGGCUGGUAGGGAAAGAAGUCGGAGCCCAGUUCGCUCCAAGCAGCGGCAGGCUGUUGCAGAUGACCCAGAUUUGAUCCCAACAGACAUCGCGGAAUGUUUCAAAAAUGGCUGGGAAAGUCAAGAUGUUGGUGGCAAUGGAGAUUGUUUUUAUCGAAGUAUUGCUGCUUGUCAACACUGGCAAAAGCAUCAUAAGUUGAUCACUGCUGAAACUGCUGCCCUCUGCAGGGCAGAGCUUCGUGCGUCAGCUGUUUUGCACGCCCAGAAGCAUAGUAGCAGGCUCUCUAGCUGGUUUGCGCCAGAUUCCAAAGAAACCCCCGCUGAAAGGGGGUGCAAUCCGCAGGCAACGAACAUCAGUGAAUGGUGUGAACUGCAGAUGAAACAGGAAGUCUGGGCAGAUGGCCUUAGCAUCCAGUGCCUGGCUGAGACCUUGGGACUUGUCAUUGUGAUUUUCAAACAAUCGGAGGAUAGAUGGGACAGAUUCACAUUCGCACCUGGCUUUAAGCAGGAUGUUGCAAUGAGCAGACGCAAUGGACUCAUGAUGUCCAUUCGCAGUCUUGCAUGUCGCAUGCUCCUGACCGGAGACACAACGCUUCGAAGAGGACGACAUUCUGAGCCACUUGUGCAAGCUAGGGAUACUGCUCGUGCCAAACGAAACACCAGAGAUCGCCUAGGGCCCAAGUUCAAAGCCAUCGCCAGCAUCCAAGCAAAACAGGCCAUUUUGGCCAAAGCCAACAAGCAAGCCGCAGCGGCAAAGCUGUGCACGGUCAAAGAGCAGAGAGCACAAAGGGCGGAAGCAAACAGAUUGCAGAGACAAGAUAGAGAGCGAGUCAGCCGCAUCAGCUCCGAGUCAGGGCAGCUGAUCCACGCUGUGCUGCACGGGGGGCAACGGGACAUCAACGUCCUCUGUAUUUACCGGCACCACAGUGAUGCCGAUUUUGCCAUUUUGCAUGAAGCUGCGCUGAUUGUUAGCCGCCUAGGUGUUCUGUUGCUCGACAUGACCGGAGUGUUCACCCAAUUGAUGCAAUUUGGUCUUCGGGAGGGCUUCAAGCCUCCAGUGCCUCCGAAAUUCCAGGUGAUGGAGACCACACCAUCGCACAGAGCUCCUUCCCUCUCGCAUUUCAAAAAUGUAAGGCAACUCCAAGAUGCGCACCGCAACGAUGCACUUCAGAAAUGGCGCGCCCGAAUGCGCGAUCUCCCACAAGCUUGUCAGUGGCUCAGGAAGGAAGAAGAUGACUUCCCUGAUCCAUUACCCACACCUAAUCUUCCGCCCAUCACAGGGGGCAUGGCCGGAAGCCACUUGUUACUGGAAGAUCGCAGCCCUGCCAAGAAAAGGCAUGGCACUUUGCCUUCAUUGGGUGAAGUCAGACCAAUCGCAAUCGGCUCAGCCAUCUAUCGUAUUUGGGGCAGAAUCAGAUUGGGCCAUCUGGCUCCCAUUCUAGCUCAAUAUCUGGAUCGGAACCAGUCGGGGGGCAUCGGCGGAGAGGACGUCUCCUCCCUUCUAUUGACUUUGGACAUCGAUCUUGAUCCCACAAAAUUUCCGUGCCUCAUGGCACUAGAUUUUACCAAGGCAUUUGACUCUUGCGAUUACACUUUGGCUCUGGCCGUCAUGUCCCGGCUUGGCCUUCCUGCCCGUGUGGUCAAUCUUUUGGGAGCACAAUGGCGGCGACAGUAA